AACUAACGCUUGUGAGUUCAGCAGAUCUCUCUGGACCGUGUGGUCAGCACUGCUCCUCUGUCUAUGCAGAGCUCUGACACAGGAGCUUCUAUCCCAGGACUUUCACUCCCACCGACGUCCCCUUGUACUUCUAUGUUAGCAGGACAGAAUGGGAUGUACUGCUAGCACUCACACAACAGCUCAAGACACAACUCGACCAAACUCAAAACCAGAGGAAUGCAAUGGGGCGAGUACGACAGGAACAGCUACAGAAAAUGUAAAAAACGAGGCAGCAAAUGAGUCUGCCCCAGAAGCGGCCGAUGAGAAAUCGGAGGAGCCGCAGAGCUCUGAAGCUGCUGCAGCUGAAAAGCAGCCUGAGUCUGAUGCUCCUCCAGCCGACUCCACCACACCAGAGGCUGCGCCAGAGCCGGCACCUGUGACUCAAGAUGAAGCUUCAACUUCAGCUUCAGCAGAAAACCAGGCAGAGUCAACCCCAGCACCCAGUGAAGGAAGUUAAGGCUACAUUCACAAGCAAUGACACACCAGAAUCAUCAUGGGAAAGCUAAAAAACCUCUCACACAUUUUAAAACAAAACGGGAAACUUUCAGGAGAGAUGCUUGAAAUCUGAUAUAACUUAUUGUUAGCCUGUUGCCAAGAUGCAGACUGACUGAUCUUUCAGAUUGGGGUCUAGCAGACAUCACAGUGCCUUUCUCUUUGUCAGUGGUGUUGGGAACUUCUACUUUUGUAUAUAUACUUUAACUUUUAAUGAACUUCAAAUUAGAAAGAUCAUCUCUUUAGAACUGAUAAUGGCCUAUGUUUGUGACAGAAUGUAAUGUUGGGAUACUUCUUAUUGCUGCCUCUUCUCAGAUAAAAUUGUUUAGACUCUGAAGUGCACUCUUCAAGAUCCAGAUAAUGUAAUGUUCAUUCAUAUGGCAUUCAUAUGUCUUCAUCUUGUACAUAUAACAGUGUACAAAGCCAAAGAGUAUGGGGAAUGUCUGUAAAUGCACCUAGGCUAAUAUACCACAAAAUAAUUUUGACUAAUAAAUCCAUUACUGUGAGCAUACAAA